AUGAUCCCUCCCGACUCCGACGAGUCGCCGUUGAAGCCCUCCGGUGCUGGAUUUAUGUUCGGCCAGGAGGAUUCCACCACGAUAUUGGAUGAUUUCGACACUCAAAGCCAUGCAAGUUCCCGCGACCCCGGUAGCACACAUCCCGGCGACCCCGCGACGGGUUCGGGCAUCGGUGCUGAGGGUCAGCACGAUGAUGCCACGCAAGAUCCCGAUGCCGCGAACUCGGGGCCACUCGACCAGUAUGGUAAGCCUGCCUGGAGCGAAAUGAAGACCAAGGCCGGCAAAGAGCGCAAGCGACUGCCCCUCGCCUGCAUUGCCUGCCGACGGAAGAAAAUCCGUUGCUCAGGCGAGAAGCCCGCCUGCAAACAUUGCACACGAUCGCGGAUUCCAUGCGUAUACAAAGUUACUACUAGGAAAGCUGCCCCGCGCACGGAUUAUAUGGCCAUGUUGGAUAAGCGUCUGAAGCGGAUGGAAGAUCGCGUGAUCAAGACGAUCCCCACAGACGAGACGCGGGAUAUGGCUUCCAUCGGUAGAUCGGUCGUCAAACCCUCCGCCUCGAGCCAGGCAUCCAAGGCCCAGAAGAAACGAAGUGCGGAUGAGGCUUUCUCGGCAGAAAUUGAGCAGUGGUCUCGGGAAGAGCGCCGUCCGCCACACGAGACACUCCCAAUGAAUCGUGAGAUCAAGUCGACCGACGGCACUGGACUUUUGACCGAAGGCGCCGAGUUCCUACCAUCAUUGGAAAUACAGGAGCAUUUGGCGGAAGUUUUCUUCGACUGUGUCUAUGGGCAGUCGUAUCUUUUAUUGCACAAGCCUAGUUUUAUGCGCCGGCUCAAGUCCGGUUCUGUCCCUCCGGUUCUUAUUCUUGCGGUCUGCGCCGUGUCUGCAAGAUUCUCGACACAUCCACAGCUCAAUUCCGAACCUGCCUUCCUGCGCGGCGAAAAUUGGGCCAACCCCGCAGCGGCCAUCGCUCUUAGUCGACAUGACGAGCCUAAUAUUACUAUUCUCACUGUCUUUUUACUCCUUGGACUCCACGAAUUCGGAACCUGUCACGGUGGACGCAGUUGGUCAUUUGGUGGACAAGCAUUGAGAAUGGGCUAUGCUCUGCAGUUACAUCAAGAGCUCGAACGCGAUCCAUUACUCGGUCAGAAUAAUUCCAGCUCUCAGUUGAGCUUCACUGAUCGAGAGAUUCGUCGACGCACGAUGUGGGCAUGCUUCUUGAUGGAUCGCUAUAACUCCUCGGGCAGUCAGCGCCCACCUAUCGGAAAUGAGAAGUUCCUGCAUAUUCAACUACCCAUCAAAGAGACCCAUUUCCAAAUGGAGAUCCCCGGUCCCACAGAAGACCUAGACGGCGAUGUUCCGAAUCCUACCCCAGAAGAUUCCGGACAAUUGUCCAACGCUCAGGAGAAUAUGGGCGUCUCAGCGUACAUUAUUCGCGCCAUUGUCAUCUGGGGUCGAAUUGUCGAUUACUUGAACCUAGGCGGCAAAAGAAAGGAUCCCCAUCCCCUGUGGCAUCCAGAGUCGGGGUACACGCAACUAAAGCGACAGAUUGAAGAAUUCUCGUCUUCUCUCCCAACCCCUUUUACAUUUACAUAUGAGAAUCUUCAAAUCCACGCAGCGGAGAAAGUCGCUAACCAAUUCUUGUUUCUCCACAUCAUCCUUCAUCAGAACAUGCUUUUUCUAAACCAGUUCGCCAUUCCCCUGUCGCCUGGGGGUCGACCUCCUAUGGACAUGCCCAAGCCUUUCCUCAGCAAUGCUGGUCGAGCAGCCGUGGAAGCUGCCCAUCAUAUCUCCGUGCUCUUUGAUCGAGCUUCGGCCUAUCCACUCACAGUUCCAUUUGCUGGGUAUUGUGCAUAUUCUGCGAGUACGGUGCAUAUUUGGGGCAUAUUCUCGAAGAACGUACAGCUAGAAGCUCGAUCCAAGGAGAACCUUCGACAUACCUAUCGCUAUCUCAACAAGAUGAAGAAGUACUGGGGAAUGUUCCACUACAUGGUGGAAAGUGCUAAAGACAGGUAUCGACAAUUUGCCGACGCAGCCAUCAAGGGAUCUGUGGCCGCUUCCAAUGGCACCACUUUGGCUCCAAUGUUUCAAUAUGGAGAUUGGUUUGAGAAAUAUCCCCACGGUGUUUCAAGGAUGCACUGGGAGGAUCCAGAUACACGACAUAAGGAAACAGGCGAGGAUGCAGUGAUGGGUCAGAAACCCGAUCUUCAAAGUGUGGAGGACUUCUUUGCCAGUUUAUCGCCAACUCCUCAGCCUGUCCUUCCUCGCAAAGUUCGCCCGCGCAAGAACAGCAAACUUUCCGACGGAACCCCCAAUACCGAUCAGACCUCUCCCGCUUCCAUCGAUGUGACCAUGGGCCAUGCUCCGGGGGUUCCAGGCAGCGCAUUCCCUCAACCAUCGAUGUUCGCACAAAAUCGGCCCAUGCCAUUUGGCCAGCCACCCUUCGAUUUCAGUAUUCCGUCUGAUCAAUUGCCACAAUUGGAUCGGCAAUUUGUCUAUGGGUCAUUCUCGGAUUUCGAUCCCAACUCCUUUGUCCCCAAUAACCCCUCAAUUCCACCCGUCAACGGUGUCGAUCCCCAAGCCUCGGAUCAAUCGCUAUUCACCGGCCACCUUGACCCCGGCGCACCAGCCGGGACAGGCGAAUUCUACCAGCCAAGUGCAUGGUUCCUUCCCUUCAAUCUCGACCCGAUUGGCGGCGGCGGCCCACCAGAUGUCCAACCACCAGGAGGUCCAGCUUCGGGCCCUACCCCAGGCCCCGGAGGCAACGGCCCUGGUUCAGUCGGCGAUAUGUCAGCCUUUGGCGGUGCCGGAAAUAUAGCGCUAGGCGCAUAUGGGCUUGACCUUGGACCAGGCAUGGGACAAGACUCACGACGCUGA